GUGCGCGGCGUGCGGCCAGGACACGCACACCAUCGACAAGGACAGCCCCUCCUCGGCUCCGUUCGUCUUGAUCUGGACCAAGACGGUGAAAGCGAUGAAGUCAGCUGGCGAAUCUUCCAAGUCCACGGGGAGGAGGAAAGGUAAGCUCAUUGAGUACCGAAAGUGCGUGGGGGACGAGUGCUACAGGUGCUACGACACGAGGCGACGGUACUUCGUGGACGAGAAAACUGGCAAGCCGCACAGCAUGGAAGUUCUGAAUGAGAAGCGGAAGACAGAUCCAACCGUUGGGCAAGCUUUCACGGACAUCAGGCGGGAGAGAGCUCAAGGGGGCAAGGCUUACGAGCGAGACCCCCCGAACAUCGCAAACAAGACGUCGAAGGAGAAAGCGGCCGUCGACGAGGAGGAUAUCGAGGAGGGGACGAGGCAGACCAUCAACGAUUUCGCAGCGGAGAUGCGGCUCGUAGGCAAAGUGGACAUUACCGACCAGUUGGCGCUCAGGGACUACAUUGUCGACCACUACCCGCACGUGGACUUGGUCGAGAUGGCUGGCGGUUGGCACGUGGAGAUACACGACCACUCCAGGGCGUUCGGCAAGAGACGUUUCAGGAGGUCGGCUGAAAGUUCUGUCCGACAGAAGAAAGAGGAGACGCGCGAAGACAAGGGCGCGGCCAACGAGCGCUUGGAGCGCCUCAACGAAAAGAUGGACAUCAGGAUGAACGGCACCAUGAAGAUCAGGAGCGCAGGACUCUGUGACGAUGAUGGCGAGACGCGCGGCCUCGGGGCGUCUUCGGCGUCGGGCCCCACUGUCGUCUCCGCGGCCUCGCGGCGCGGGUUCGACGAGGCUGGCGACGGCGCGCCUGGUGCGAUGCCUUCGCCCCCGACUUGCGCGCCCAGGCAUUCGCGGUUGCGCUCAUUGCGCUCUGCCCCGCCAGAGCCGCGCGGGGUCGCGCGGUCGGAGAAAUCGCCACGUCAGUCAUUGGGUGACCUUUCCGGCGACGACGAGGACGGCGCCGACCAGUUCAGGAAGAAGCGGAGAUGUGGACCAGAAGUUCAGUUCGCGAAGGGCCAGGGCAUGCUCAAGAGCCCCAAGGAGACCUUUACGUGGGAGCACCGAUGGGAGGCCGUCGCCGACCGCCUGCUCAAUUUCGCUGAGGAGAUCGAGGUGCGCCACAGCCUGUUCACCAGGAUUCGCUCAGAGUUCUUCGACAUGGCCUCUCAAAGCCUGAAGGAGGAAGAGGUUCGGAUUAUUUCAGCGGCGCCAGUGCCCCUGCUGGGCGCCAUCGCGACAAUGGAGAUGCACAAGGCCAUGGAGAACGUCGACAUGGACGAGAAGUUCUUCCUCUUCUUCAACAUGGUCCUUGCCACGAGCACCAAGAUGAAGAUUGGCGUUGGCUUCGUGGCAUCGCAUCCAGAUAUCAUUUGCACGUUGCAGGCCCAGAUCGUCGACGCACUCAUGGACAGGACGUGGGGCAAUAAGGAAGCCAGCGCCAUCGUCGGCAUCGGCGACUCCAUGAAGAAGGCCAUGGACUACUUGCCCGUCGACAUCGCGACGCUUGACGUCACGGCGAACGGGCUACAUGGGGGGUCCGUUCAUGGGUGGCACGCCCAAGCGUUCGCCGACCUCAGCUGCCUCUACGCUGCCAGCCGAGCCCUGUGCCACUCCGAGCUCGCCUCCCUCCUCGGCCUCUCCGAGCGCAAGCAGCACGGCGCAUUCGUAACUUACAAGGACAAGCUGAGCCCCAGAUGCAAGACACAUUUCCGACGCAUAGUGGGGCCCCAUGCCGUGCAUGGCAAGACGGCCUGGGAUGUUCUUACCACGCUCGCGGGAGCAAGCGCGGCCUCUGACGCCGUCGUGUCCCCUCCAGAUAGGACAUUUGACGAAUAUUGGGAGGACACGUACAACGCAGUCUGCGACAUCGGUGAGCUCCCCGAGCAGACGGUGAAGGACUUCGGUGCGACUUUCGGGUGCAUGGACAGUUCGCCGAAGGAGCAGUUCACGCAUGAUUGCUAUAAUGCUUCGCAGCGCUUCGGCCCACUCCUGAAGAAGUGCGCCGCGAGGGCCAUCGAGCACAGGGGCGCCCUCAUCAUCGACGGCAUGGCCACGUUCAUCACGGCGUCCACCAUGGACACCAUCGACGGCAAGACCGACCGCGUACAGGAGCUAAAGGAGUCCGAGGCCAUCGACAUUCUUACUUGGCUCAAGCAGACGCGGUGGUACCUGCCGAUGUUUAUGCCGAUGUGCGAGGAGGUCGACGCGGUGAAGAGGCUCUUUGACUUGUGCGAUCUGCUGCUGCAACAUGCUGAUGUUGAUGCUCAUAAGGAUGUAUUCGCGAACGAGACUGCGUUGGUGGAGUGGUUGAAGGCGUGGUCAGCGACUUUGAACCAGUCCCAGCUUCUCGCCGCGAGCAAGGCGUUGUGCAAUGACGAGGCCGAUUCGGAGAUGAUCGGCUUCUUCGAGAUGUUGGCGAACAAGUGGCCCGACUUCAUCACCAACUCAGUGGUCGAUAUCGUGGUUGCGAUCGUCACGAAGGGUUUUGCCAAGGGAGAGGUGGCGGCUUUCAUCGAGACGGGCGGGCUUCCAAGUGCGGCCCUGGACGCGACGAAGGCCGGCUCCAGCUGGUUCGACAAGGCGGUCGAGGAGACGACGGCCGAGUGGUUCCAGCAAUUUCAGUCGCAGGCAACCAAGUUCAAGAACGCAGAGCAGGCUCUUGAGGAAUAUACCAAGAAGUUCGACCCCGUCAUCGACAGCAUCAGCAAGUGGGACUUUUCCCAGCACCAGUGGUUGGUGGAUCACAUGGACGAUGGCCUGACCAAGAAGGUCCAGGGGUUCGUGCAGCAGGUGCCAGUCUGGGCCCAGAUGGUAGAGAGGACGUCCUCGACUGCGAAAGUCGAUUCCGUAGAUGGCAUGGUGCUCCUCAAGCAGUGUUCGGAUACGGCCCAGGACUUGAAGGCCAGGUAUGACACGCUCGUGCCGAAGCUCGGUCAGUGCGUCGCGGCUCAAGUUGCCGUGAAGACUGAGGGGAAGAGCGACAAAAAAGCAGUGGCCCAGCGUGACG